AUGGAGGAAGACGAGGGAAGCCCUGCGAUGGAGAGGGAUCUUCCUUCGACUUCGAGGAAAGUGGGCAAGCGCAAGAGCAGACAGUCGUCCGUUGGCGGUGCGGACGAUUCAGACAUUGAUGAUAAAUUUGAUCGGCUGCUGGCGGUGUCGGCCGAGGUGAAGCGCGCCGAGGCGGCGGCCACGGAGAAGAUCCAGCUGUGGCGUAGUGCCAGCGGUUUCGAUGCGAUGUCUGCCGCGCUCAAGGAAUGGCAGUUCUGGAUCCAGGAAAAGGAGCGGCUCCUCACGGCGCAGCUGCGCCCCUUGGCUCAGGAGAUAGUUGCGUUCUACAAGAAGCAACUUGAUGAAGACGCCGAACGAGUGAUCGAAGAUGAUGAAGGGGAAGACGACGAGGGCGAAGUCGCGCUUGGACGAGAGCGGAGGGCCUCUUCGAGCGGCAGCACAGGGAACAAGAGCGAGGUCGAUGACCUCGCCAUGAGCCUGUCCGAAGUGCUGUCGCUUGUGGAGAGGGUACGAGCGAACUCGAUGGGCGAUCGGCACGGCAGUCCCUCCAAGCGCAGGAGGAACAUGCCCAUCGAGGAGCAGGAGAGCGAGUGCAUGUCGGCCGAAGACAGGACACCGCCACCGGUGGCGGACAACCACUAG